CACGUGCGGGAGCAAGAAGAGUUUACUUUGAGCACAUGCUCUGACGUUCAGCAGUCAUAUAAGCAGUUGUGAGAAAUCGACAACAUUGUGAUUCCAACAUGAAGUAGGAAGAACAGUGAAACCGAAUGUUUAUAUGAUUCAUAACUGCUUUGGGGUUUGUAUAAAAACCAGAAAGGGUUAAACAUUUUACUGUAACUUUAUAUCUCAAAAUACGUAGACGUUUGGCAUAUUGAAGAUCGUUCUCACACGCAAUGAAACACAAACUAAAAGAAAGUUUCCAUCUCCAACAAAUGCAAUCAGCAACUAGAAUCGACUUUUAAGAAGCAGAAUCCAGGACUAAACCUCCAAGACAGUACAACUCUUGAAUAACUAAACCGAGGAUCGCCAGUUACUAAAGGACUAACUAAAGGGGAAACCAUGAAAAGUCAGGUCAUCAUUGUGAUUUCUCUGAUUUUAACACUUUGUUGCAUGGAUGCUGUGCAAGGCCUGUGUCCCAUUAGAUGUCAGUGCAACGAGGAGAGACUUGUGGUGGUGUGUGAUGAAGCUGGCUUAGAUGUUGUCCCAAUAACGCUCAACCCUGAUCUCCAAGAAUUUCAUCUCAGUAAAAACAGCAUCAAAGGAAUCAUGGCAGCAUUUAGCGUCUACCACAACUUGGAAUAUUUAGACAUGACAAAUAAUCAGCUAGUAGCUCUCGGUCGUAACAACUUCAAGUUACAAAGAAAACUACGUAUCCUUCUACUGGGACACAACAUGAUUUCUUCUCUAUAUCAUUCUACGUUUAAUGGACUGAAUGGUCUUCAAAUUUUAAAACUCACAAAAAAUUUUAUUCGGGACCUCCCUGGUGGCGUUUUUACUGAUUUGGUGAGCUUGGAAGUUUUGGAUUUGUCUGGGAACAACAUUGCAACAAUCUCAAAAGAUGCUUUUAUGGGUUUAGAAAGCCUAAAAAUUCUGUUACUCAAGGACAAUAAACUUGGCCAUGUACCUACUUCCUCAUUUAGAACCAUCUCUCAUCUUCUUAGUAUAGAUUUAGGUCUAAACAAUUUCCCAUCGUUACCUGAUGAUAGUUUUGUUUACCUUGUCAACUUGGAAAAAUUGAAGUUAGACAGUUGCAGAAUACAUGAAAUCCACGAAAAUACUUUCAGAGGACUGACGAAGUUAAUAUAUCUUUUUCUACAAGAUAACAUUCUCAAUUCUGUACCAACAGAGUCUUUUCUCCACCUCAAACAUUUACUAGAACUCAAUAUUGGUCAAAAUAACAUGAAAACUAUUAAACCUAAAAGUUUCUGUGGUUUAAACAACGUUCAAACCAUCACUAUUAAUAGCGCUCCCUAUCUGGAAAGAAUAGAACACGAAGCUUUUUCUUCCACUACUAGAUUACAGCAUAUUGUUCUUAAUCACAACAAAAGGCUUAAACAUAUUGAAAAGAACGCUUUUUCUUCCCUGACUAUGCUUCGUUCUAUUAGUCUUCGUGGCAAUGAUUUCCAGACGUUCAGAGAAGACGUUCUGCCCUGGAGUGACUUACAGCGGUUUGAUCUUCGUGACAAUCCACUGGUUUGUAAUUGUAGCCUUUCUUGGUUGCUACGCCAGUUUGAAACUCGAAAUUUUUCAGAUAGUUUCGAUCUUGCCUUUACCCAAGUUCGAUGUGAACAUCCUCUCGUGUUUCGUGAUUUUAUGCUGAAAAGUUUAACCAUGAACGAUCUCGGUUGCGAUAAACAUCAAACACAAAAGAUCCUCACUUGGACCUUUGCAGCAAUCGGCGUUGUUUUUGUUGUUACUCUUCUUGCAGUGUUGUGGUAUCGUCAGAAGAUUGUGAAUGACUGCAAGAUAAAAUGUAGUAGCACAAUCCCAGACUCGCAAUAUGAAAAUCGAUAUCGAUUGGAUAACCGUAUAAGAGAGGGAGUAUCAUCGGAACGAGAGUGGGUGGUGAAAAUAGGGAGACAUUCUUUUCCCGGUAGACUUGUGUAGUAAAUGAUAUAUUAUAGCUCAUCACGUAAAACCGUUCCAUUGUAAUUGUAUGAUAAUUGUUUAUGUCGUAAUUUCUCCUAAAUCAGUGGAUUUUUCUGAGCUUCUAGUUUUGUUCCAUCUGUUCUCAGUAUAUCAAGAAGUGACCUGGCGUAUUCUCUAAUUGUGAAUAAGGAAGGGACAAUUACAGGGAAUCACCAUUAAAGACAUUGCACAUCUUGUAUGUUAGGAACGAUGUAUAUCACAGACCACAGACUUUGAUGGUAUUUUGUCAAAAGAAGAAGUGUACCAGAUUAUAUAAGUAUCUUUACUUUAUUGUUGUAUUCAUUAUCAAAUAUUUUGAAUUGUUUGCUGAAUAUUUUAUAAAAUUCUCAAACAUUUUAAUGUAUUGAACUACACGCUUUGAACGUAUAAUAUUCUAAGAUUCUGGAAACAAAUAACAAAUUCCUUUGUUUAUAAUAAAAAAAACAUGUUAGUAAUAACAAGAUCCAAUAUUCGGGGAAUUUACUGUGUUUUUAAAAAAAUAUAUAAAUUCAUUGGAAUCUGUAUUCUUCAUGGUCAUUAUAAUCAAAGUCACACUAUAAGAAAUUAAACGUGCUUUGCAAUAAACACAUUUUACAUUUACAGACUAAUAAAAGUAAAAUCCAAUAAAGCUCUCCAUAAUGGUGACUUUAGUGGUAAACUUAUAGGUUUAUAACUCUCCUAUUUGUGGCAGAUACAGUACAGAUAUAUUUAUGUGUAGCUUAAAACUGAAACAAAAUAAAUCUCUUUCCCUCGUAAUCAAUAAUGUUAAAAUUCAUUAGUUGGUGUAUCUUUAGUCUCACCUUAUCUGUUUUGUGCUGAUAUUUCUUUAAAAUGUGUUUGAUGUUAUUGCAAGAACAUCAUUAAAUAUUAUUUGGGUGUUCGUAUUGCCGACCAUAUUAAUCAAACAAAUGUUUUUAAAAAAAGCAACCUGGUUCAAGGAAAUGAACAUGUUCGUUCUUGUUCAUGUAACCAAAUAGAGAAAAAAAUGUGUUGUUUGAUGAUCUAAGUAAUAUUCCCCAAUGUCUAGAUAUGUUGUUUUUUGUUACAAAGCUACUAAUAAUUUUGUAACGAGUAGACUGUUGCUUUUAAGGUAAUUUGUUCAUAUGGUUGGUCUUAUCAUCCCACACCAAGAUGUUAUUUUGAAACACUGACUAUAAAUAUUGAGUCAUAUUGAAUGUUAUAUAUCCAAAAGCCAGGCUAAAUAUGUGUUUAUCGCCACAGUGUUCACUUAUGUCAUUUCAAGUUGGUGAUUUUGUUGUGGAAGUAACUUAUAAAAUAACAGAUUUAGCACAUGACAGGUCCAUAGUCAGAUAGGUUCGGGGGUAUGAUGGCUACCGUUUCCACAGGAGCAAGUUGUUACCUUAAUGAACAGAAUGAAAUCAUGAUUAAUAUCGAAGUACGUUUUUAGUACACGUAGAAAUCUAUGGAUGAGUAGAAUAAUUUGUUUUCAUCAAAUUGCUAUUCGUUGAACUUUGAUCCGGUUACGAACCUGUAUACAUCUGGUAUUCAUUACAUUGUAUUCACCAUAUUUACCGUGAACAAAUUACCUCUCAGUAGUUUUCUUUAAUUUAAGUAUC